AUAGUGAAAACGUCUACACAAGUCUUCCAGCAAGACUACGCCUACGCGAUGCCGCCUUCCCCAGAAGUUGACGCUGCGUGGUCUUCUCUUCUCCCCCAAAACGGCGGCUUCUUCACACACCCGAGGCUUGCGCCAACGGAGAGCUGCGUAGCGGUCUUUCAUCAGAUCCACUGCCUAGACAUGCUCCGCAAGGCACUGUUUGAGGCGCGUCUCGGUACUAUGGAACAUCGAAGACAUGAAAAGAACACAACAUAUUCCAGUGAGGAGAAAAUUUAUGCAAGCGAGGCGGAGGAGCUCAAUGCAUCGCACGACAUGGAUCAUCUCGGACAUUGCUUUGAUCUCUUACGCCAAGUCAUCAUGUGCAGGCCUGAUCUGACGAUCGAGGUUGCCAACGUCGUAGUCGACGGUGUGACGGGUUUCGACACGGUACAUCAGUGUAUUGAUUGGGCGGAGUUGAUGGACUGGAUGAAGAAGAACGAAUAA